UAAAAAUAUUAAGAUUUAGGUUACUAAUACGUUAUUACUUAUAAUGGCAGCCAGUUGGUCGGAUUUGGCAAUAUUUUUUUUAGGCAAAACACGUGGAAAGGAUGACGUUUCGAUUGCUCCUCGUAGAAAAAGCAACGUACCUCUAACGAUUUCACCAGUAAAACCUGUAAUGAAGUUCAUGCCAACGUAUCGUCUGGAGUCUAUUAAACCAUUGAAUAGAGAAAUCUGCGAAAAAAUUAUAAAAAGUGUUUGUGAUACUGCUUUCGCUACAUUCACGUAUUCCCCAAAAAUCGCACUGAGAGUUGCUACUGAGGUUAGUGAGGAGAUAAAAAAUCGUAUUAAAUCACACAAUUUUGAUAGAUACCGUUUGAUUUGUGUGGUGACAAUCGGUGAAAAAUGUUUUCAAGGUUACUUUUCGCUGCUCAGCUUUUUGUGGGAUUCCGGAAAGGAUGGUUAUAUUUCAUACGUUUACGAUGUUCCAGACUUUUUUGUUGUUAUAACACUUUUUUAUCUUUAUUAUGAUUAAAUUUCAAAUGCAAAUACAAGUUCAAUUCUAAAUAUAACACAAUUUUUGGAUAAACAUUAAUUGAUUACAAUAAUUGCUUUCAUUUAGCAUUAAGUUUAGUUUGUUUGUUAUGUAUCGUACAUAUGAAAAAAAUGAGUUGACUAUCUCCUUACAUAUAUAUAACAUAGUAAAAAGGAGAAACACUAAGAUUGUAAUAUAAAUUAUUUAUAUAAAUUUUAUGUAUUUUUUUUUUUUUGUUUUGAAUUAAUUCAUUAUAAUAUAACACGCAUGCAUUUGUUCUUUUUGUAUAUUCGUUGGUAAAUAAUUUAUUAUAAUUUGCUUUUAAUACAAAUAUUUAAUUUUUUCUUUCUAAAUAGUUUUAAACUAAAAAUGUUUCAAUUGUUACACAAAUUCAGAAAUAAAAACAUUAUAAGAUUAAUAUUGCUUUUCACAAAUGUAUUGGCAUUGCCGAUUUGUCUUUAACGGAUUACUAGAUUACUAUGUAUAUCACAAGUGGUGGAUGGUGCGCAACUUUUAAGAAAACAAUGUAACAUUUGCAAAACCCUUCAAGUAAAUAAAUAUUUUUAAACAAAUGCUACACAAGCUUCUCAUAGGAUGGUGGUGUUUGGUUAGAAAAUUCAUAUUUUCAUAUUUGGAAAAUUGCUCGAAUCAAUCACAUUAUUGCACUGCAUUGUUGAACACUGCACAGAAAGUAUUAGUGCACGAAAUAUAUUAAUUUAAAUUGAUAAGAAACUCAAUUGAGUGAAACCACAAAUCUCCAUUCAUCAAAUCAUAAUAAAGCAAUUAAAUUAAAAGUUUUUCCAUUCAAGAAAAUAAACGUUUAAAUAAAACUCACUGAUUGUUGGACACCCAACCGAAUUAAAUUUGUUUCACUGCACAAACGAAAUUUUCAAAUUAAUUUGGAAACAUAAAAGCGUUUUUGAAUUUUUAAAUUCGGCGAGAAUUGAUUGCAUCUCACUAAAACACCCACUUUGUCGUUGUCGAGCACUUGUCUUGUUCACUUUAUUAGCCAAUUUUAAAAACGGUUCAUGCCUUGCUCAAUUGCCAGCAAAUACAUUUCAUUUCAUUUAA